CAACAACAACUUUGCCGCGGAUCUAGAACAAGAUUUAAGAUUAUCGGAAGAAAGUGAAGAUGAAACGACACCUAAAGAAACCCCGGCAAAACCUAAUAGAGGAAAUAGGAGUCCACAUCUACCUUUAAGAUAUCAUUCGUCUUGCAGUUUGACGACACCAUCGUUGCCAAGUAUGGUACCUGGACCUACACCAACGGAAUUGUCCCCAAUACCGAUGUCACCUGUAGGCCCAUUAUCACCUACGAGGCCUUUGAAUUUGCCUCGACCUGUAUCACCGAUGAGGAAAAAAUCACCGGAAAAAUUGGCCACGCCACCACCGAUAAGUCCAAUACCAUCUACGAAAGAUUCACCCAAUCUAAAUCACAGACCACCCAGUCCACCCGGUCAAGCACCCCAAAGUUCACCAAGUGCUAGCUCGAGUUCGGAUUCAGGGUCUGAUUCUGGUAGUGAAUCUAGCGAUGAUUCUGACGAAGAAGUGAAUCAACCUUCAAAUGGCAAAGGUCCAUCAACACCACCACCACCACCCAUCUCUCCGAAACCCAUUGAAUUGAAUCAACCUGAACCUCCCGAGGUAUUACAGGAAACUAAAAAGAGAUGGAAUCUUAGUAAUUUUUACAAAAUUACCGUACCAAACAAUGAAAAGGAUGAAACGAAAACGGCUCAGGGUGGAACGAGGUUGGAACAGACGACGCUUCAAACGUCCGAGGCUCAAGAAAAAACUCAAGAUUGGCAAUUGGACGAUGGAUUGAAGCAAACGCACAAUUCAACUAUGAUGAAUAUGCUUAGUGAUAGUAGUCAUCAAUCGGAUAAAAAUCAAACUGUUGAAGAAAAUCGUUAUGAGGUAGAUAAACCUAAAAUGACGGAUACGAAGAAACGUGGUCGACCUAGGAAAUCUACCAAAAGUCCAAAGGGUGAUCACAGGACACCCGAUUUUAAUAAAAGUACCAACAAGUCGUGUAAUAGAAUAAGAUCGAAUCCAAAAAAGAAGAGAUCCAUUUCUAAGGCAAUCGUUGAGACUAGUGACGAUGACAGUGAUGAAAUAUCGCGGGAUGCUUCGAGUGAUUCGGACAGUGAUAGGACAGCACCAACUCCGAUCACACCUGUGAUCACAGUUAUUGCUGAGAAACGAAAAUCAAGGCUUAGCAUAUCAUCGAGUGAAGACGAGAGUCCUCCAAAUGAAAAGAACAGCGCGUCCGAGAGCGAAUCAGCACGUUGGAGGAGAACUGCCAUGAAACAACGUACCAAAUUAGCAGACUCUCCUAAAAAACUGGACAAGAAGAAAAAUCCAAUUAAGGGUAAACCGAGAAGGCCCAGAUCAAGAGUUACCAACAUCAAUGCUGGUUCUGAUUCGGACAGCGAGUCUGACAUCGCUAUAAGAAAUCGCAUACAAGUUGCUAGAGUUCAACCUAGACCAAGAAUAAUACCACCAACGAGAACGCGUUCCAUGGAAAAUUCUGAUAGCGAUAAUAGUCCGACUUCUAAAUUGCAAGAGGACGAUGCUGGUAACGUUCAGGAUAAAAAGAAGAGUGACACUUUGAGAAAAUUGUUUUCUAUAUCUAAAGGUGGUGCGAAAGGUGGUGGUAAGGGUGGAAAGGGUGGUGCGAAAGGUGGUAAAGGUGGGGGAAAGUGCGGUAUUUAUGUUCAGGAGUAUACGGCAUCGGCCAAUACACCGAACGGUAGUGAAAGUCCGUACAAAAGGCCAACAUCACAAUCUUCGAACAAUUCAAUGUUGCCACCGUUGAUUUAUAAGAACGACGUGCCGAGUUUAAUGUGCAAGAUCGAUCUUAAUAGAAUACCACAUUUAUCGUCGAGAGGACAGGAACUGAGACAACAUACGGAACUUCCGGAUACCAGGCCAUCCUCUAGGCCACCAUCUAGGCCACCUUCUAGGCCAUCUUCUAGGCCAUCUUCUAGGCCAUCCUCUAGGCCAUCAUCUAGGCCAUCUUCAAGACAAUCUUCUAGCGUGCACGCUCAAGCAUCAAGACCACAUACUCCAGAGGAAGGGGAGAUAAUCGAUGCCUCGCCUGCCCGGCAACGUUCUUCCGAUGGUGCUGGUAGGAUUCGUGGUGUUGAUAGUACCGGUGUUAUUGAUAAGUGCGACAAGAAGAGUCGUUCGAACUUAACGAAAAAAUCCUCCUCCUCAUCCCAAUCAUCGAGUUCAAAAAACUUAAUUGGUAGUGGCACUCGCAGUGCUGGUAAUAAUGUCAGUACUGGUAGCUCUAGUGCCACUAAUAAUACAUCUAAAAGAAAACGUAAUACGAGUAGUAGCUCAGGGUCUAGUUUAAGUGCUGCUGCUACAUGUUCCACGGAUUUAAAAUCCAAACCCGGCAGUUCUGAGCACAAAGAAAAAAGGAGGAAACACGUUGAAUCGGAACCGACCACGUCUAGGCCUUCUUUAAGUAAGGUGAACGACAACCUACAACCAACCAAUCACGAGCGGGAAGAAAGGACUGAUGCGAAUAUAUUACCACCCCCACCCCCGCCACAACGUACCUAUUAUUCGUAUUUUAUCGACCCGCUUAACGAAGUUUCGGAAGAUCAGGAUAGGGACCAGAAUCAGUACCUGACAGAAGCAAAACGGUUGAAGCACAGCGCCGACGAAGAGUGCGAACUUACAGCACAGGGAAUGUUGUACUUGGAAGCCGUUUUGUAUUUCUUACUUACUGGCAACGCCAUGGAGUCUGACCCUCUUACGGAACGAGCGUCGUUCACGAUGUACAGAGAUACCCUCAGCCUCAUAAAAUAUAUCUCAUCAAAGUUUAAGAGCCAACAAAAUAACUCGCCGGAGAGCAGUAUAAAUAACAAGUUGGCUGUCCUGAGCCUUUGGUGCCAGUCACUUUUAUAUUUGAAAAUGUUCCAAAUGCUCAAAAUUGAUGUUAAAGAGUAUCAGAAGAUUCUUAAUGAAUAUCAUCAAAAACCCGCUCAAGCAACACCUAUGCUACCGGAAGGUCAAGGUACACCAUCCUUGUCUCCAACACCAUCACCCGCUGGUUCAGUUGGUAGCCAAAGUUCGGGUUACAGUAGUGGAGAAUUAGCUAAUAGAGCAGCUGCUGCACCUCCACCUCAGCCCCCGCCACCACCAUGCGUCAGCGUUCCUCUCCACGUCCAUAACGCUAUGAUAAAACAAAAUUAUUAUUUUAGUUUGUUGCUAACUUGUCACGAUCUUUGGGAACAAGCGAACGCUUUGGUAACGGAUAAACAUAAAGAUUUUUUUAUCGAGCUGGACGAGAAGAUGGGACCCCUCACAUUGAACAGCUCGCUUUGCGAUCUGGUGCGUUACGUGAAAGCUGGAAUAAAGAAGCUACGUGCUCUCUGACCACAAUGGCACAGCCCCCGACCACCCACCCCCAAUUACAUUACCUCCCUACCACAAAACAUCGCAACUUAUCCAACGAUGUUCACGUAAAUCUUGCUUGCGUGACCAUUCGUCGUUUAUUUGUACGACACUUGGACACACAACAACGUCGUCAGAAGAGCGCAAUUCUCAUCGAUUACGAAUUUAAAAUACACACACAAAAAUAACAAAAAGAACAAUUGUUUUCUUUAGCACGAGGGAGGAGAACUCUAACUAGUGAAUCCAAAAUGGAUUGUGUUGUUUUUUAAAAAAAAGAAAAUACACGGGGGAUAAGGGAGUAUUAUCGAAAAGAAAAUAAGAAGAACAAAAAGAAGAAAAGGAAAAUGAAUAAUUGUGUGUCACGGGGUGCGAAGAUGUAUACCAGCAGAACAAGAAGAAGAAAAAGAAGAA